ACAGAAAGUGCAAAAGAAAAAUGGUGGAACAGAAAGUUUUUAUUUUUUGCUCAUUUUAGUAAUUUUUUGUGUUGAUUUUGGAUCUUGGCCGAAUAACAACAGAACAAAAUUUCCUGGAGGUUUCCCAAGAGGCAUAUUUACAGGUUGAAAAAGUGAAAGUGCAUUUUUCUUGAACAACUGCAGACUGCAGCUGUAUUCGAUAAUUUUUCAGUAAAAAUGACCAACUUGGGAAUAAAACAUCUCGUAAACUACAGCAGAUUUCCAGAUAAUGAAGUGAAAAUCCUACUUGCUGUCCUAUAUCUACCACUGGGCAUAAUAUUAUUACUUUUAAGAUGCACCUUGACCUUAGUUUUACUUAUUCUUGGCCAGAUUCUCCCAGAUUCACCACCUAUUCAAUCAUUCUUAAACAAUCUUGCCCUUCUAUGCUUUGGCAUAAUAGUCUCUGUUGAAAACAGUAAAAAGAAAGAAAACGUUGAAGUAUUUGUUGCCAAUAGUUUAUCAAUGUUUGACCAUGUAGCAAUAAGCAAAGCUAUUGGAAAACUUUUGCCAAUAAAUAAGACACCAUUUCAAAGCAUUCCCGGUUUGGGAACUACAGAUUUGGGAUCUGUGAACAGCACUGAAGCUUUUAAGACAAAACUUGAAAAAACCACAAAAGAAAAGAAAGCUCCAGUAUUAAUUUGUCCAGAAGAGUCAGCUACUAAUGGAAAAGCCCUUUUGAAAUUCAACUCAAAAUACUUUAGCUUCUUUCAAAAAGUACAGCCACUAUGUAUUACAAUCAAAAGGCCACUCUUAGAUAUUUCCAUUUCCACAUUAGGAUCUACAUACAUAAAUGAUAUCUUAUAUUAUAUGUUUUCUCCUUUUACUAACUACACAGUCAAAUUUUUACCUUCUAUGGAAAAAAAAAGUUUAUCUGAAGAUGAAUUUGCUGAUAUUGUUAGGCAGAAUAUAGCAUCAGAACUCAAGAUUGAAGCUACUGGUUUCUCAUCCUCAGAUGUGUCCGAAUGGACUAAGAGGCAGAUGGCAGAAGCAAGGAGGCGCAAUAUUGAAAGAGCUAAUGCUCAAUAUCGUCUUCCUAAUCCAGAAUUGGUCAGAAUGGCUAGUUUAGUUAAGGAGGUGUUGCCUUAUGUGCCACUCUCAGCAAUCUAUAAUGAUUUGUCUGUAACACGUAGUGUUGACACUACAAUCACCAACAUCUUAGAGGGCAGAGUCCGGUUUAUUCCAGAACAAACAACUUCAACACCUCAAACGUCCUCAGUGUCCAAUCAACAACCGUCAACGUCAACUUCUUAUGGGAAUGUGGCUUCUACAAGCAACAGCACUCCAUCUCCCGCCCAAAUGAAUAUGGGUGCAUCGACUUUUGGCAAAAAUGCUACUGAACGUACACGGUCGUUCCAAGAAAGGAAAGAACAACUAAUUGCUGCAGCGAGGCGGCUCUACAUCGAGAAACAUAAUUUAGACAUACCCUUGUAACUAGAACUACCUUUAAUAUAGGAAGCAGCAAAUUGUUGAAAAAGUGGCAUUUAAAUAGGGAUGAUACAAUUCAUUCUGCAUGCAGCUCACUUAAAAUUAAUAUCCUAUUGGAUAUAAUGGGAUUAUUUUUUUUUUGUGAACAAAAAUGUAUUUAUGUUUACAAAUAAAAAUGCCCUUUAGUUGGAUAGUUUAAGCUUUAUUAUAAUUUUUUGGAAUGUUUUUUUCAUUUUUGUGCAUCUUUUUUAUUUAUUUGAUAUUAAAGCCUUUUGAAAAUCCAAAUAAGAUAAAAAAAAUAUGAUUUUUAGAAUUGAAUGCAGGUUUAUUUUUCAAUUCUUAUUGGCUUUUCCUCUUAUAAUUGUUUCCUUAUUGUUGGAAAUUGUUUACGGCCCUACCACAACUUUCAAAUCAUAUUAAUAUAAUCAAAAAAUCUUACUUUUGCUGUAUACAGGACUGAAAAAAUUAAUAUAC